AUGUUCGAAGGAUUUAUAGCGAGAAUAUUUAAUAAAUGGUUGGGAAAAUACGUACAAGAUUUAGAUACGGAAAGUUUAAACGUUGGCAUAUUCGGAGGAGAAGUUAAUUUAAAUAAUUUAAAUCUUAAACCGGAAGCAUUGGUCGAUUUGGAAUUACCAAUCGAAGUUAAAUAUGGUAUCAUUGGAAAAAUAAACGUCAUCAUUCCAUGGAACAGUUUAUCCAGUCAAGCAAUUGUCGUUAACGUCGAGGAUGUUUUAAUUGUGGGCACGUCAUGCGAUUCGGAUAAUUAUUCAAUCGAAAAAGAAAAAAAAUUAAUAAGAGCAUUCAAAAGAAAAAUAUUAAAAGAUUUGGAUAGUUAUAAAAAUAUAUUUGGAUUUACGACGGGUUCGUUAUUCGAUGGUUUUUUAACGGCUUUAACGAACAACAUACAAAUAUUCAUACGUAAAAUACAUAUUAGAUUCGAAGAUAAAUAUUGUUGUAACGGUAUCGUUUCCGGUCUUUGCAUAGAAUGUUUAUCGACGGAAACAACAAACAGCAAAUGGAAACCUCACGUUCAAUCAACCGGAAAUUCGACUAUACAUCAAUUGGUUAAACUCGAUGCUGCUUCUUUAUAUUUAAAUGUCGAAACGGAUGUCAAUGAUUUUCUCAAUGUCGAUAAUUGGCGGGAAAAUUUAAAAGAAGGUUUAAGAACGUUUAAAAUAAAUGGAAAACCAUUCGAUUUUGUCGUUAAACCUUUUAAUGGAAAAAUGAAAAUUAUAUUGAGUCGUUCGAAAGAAGCCAGAGUACCUAAAUUAUUAGUCGAUUUAGUCAUUCACGAUAUUGUUUAUAAUUUAUCAAGAGCUCAAUUGCAUUCCAUUGUUGCAUUAUUUAAUCACUUUCGAAGAAUUCAUUUGAAAAGGCCGUAUUUAAAUAUUCGACCAAAUUGUAACGUUAAUAAAAAUGCAAGGAUUUGGUGGAAAUAUGCAUUGGAAGCCAUUUUGCAACAGAGAAUCAGACCUUAUCAAUGGAAAAACAUAAAAAAACAAAGAAAUAAUUAUAAAAAUUAUAAAAAUUUGUAUAAAAAAUUUAUACUUAAUCCUGGAGAUUCGGAACUUCGUCUCGAUUUGGCACAAGCAGAAGAUAAUCUUUCUUUAUGUAGUUUGGUCAUAGCUAGAGAACAUGCAAAAAUUGAAAUAAAAAACGAAGAUCCGGAUAAAAUAGAAAUAAUUACCGAGAGUGGUAAAUGGUGGGAUUUUAACGAAAACGUUGUCAAAUUUCAAAUUCGAUCCGAUAAGUUAAAAGGUCUUUGGUCUCAAUUAUCACCAACGGAAAGAUUAAAAUUUGACGAAAUUAAAAAAACCGAUAUUAAUAUUUCUCCGGAAAAGGCUAAAAAAUAUAUAGAACAUAAGAUUAAUUUUACUAUUCAUCAUAUUUCCGGAAGUAUUUUUAUACGGGGAACGGAAAUAGGUUCGUUAAGUUUAAGUCAAUUUCUCAUAAGUUUUGAAACUCGUCCAGCAGCCGAUGCAUUUAAAUUAUCCGUACGAGCAGAUAGUUUGAAUUUCGAAGGUGCCACGACAGGAGAUCAAGGAUUGGCGCCAAUAAUCAAUUCGAAACCUAAUUCGGGAAAUUCUUUCAUAUGUUUCGAUUUUGAAAAAAAUCCGUUGACCGUGGAAGCAGAUUAUGCCGUAUCUUUUAUAUUAGCGGAAUUAUGUGUAAUUUAUCACGAAGUAAGGAUAGGUCUCACUCAAAAUUUAUUUAAAAAUAAUAUAAAAAAAUAUUACGAUAAUUUUAUAAAAUUUAAAAAUUUAAUAACGACGCGACAAAUUAAAAUUGAUGUUAACAUGUGUGUAAAAGGCCCUCGUAUUGUUAUCGGAGAAAAUGGAUCCUGUCAAAAAAACGAUUACAAUUUGAUAUUAGAUUUAGGUAAAUGGGUUUUACACACGGAUCUUCAACCGCCAUUUAUUUUAGAUGACGUCACACAAAUGGAAUUAGAGGAAAAACUUUACGAUCGUCUUCACGUUAACAUGGAAGGUUUUCAAAUACUUUUCUGUUCAUCAGGUGAAAAUUGGCAACAUUUAUUGGAAUCUAACGAAACUGUUCAUCACGUCAUUUCGAAAACUAAAAGUCAAAUAGUUUUUUCAAAUAGUAUUAAACCCGAAUAUAAAUCUUUACCCAAAACGAAAACAAAUUUUCUCCUUCAUACGAUUAAAUUAAAUCUAUCGGAUAAAAAAUUAGUUUUCCUUUUAGACUUUUUAGAAAAUAUUCCACAUCCGACUUGUACCAUUUUAUCCGUUGUUCCCGUUCUCAGAGAAACGGAAUUUAAAAAUGACGUCAUUAAACCUGACGUUUUAUUAGAUUUGUAUUACAUAAAAAAUUUGGUCGUAUCCAGCGAACUUUCCAGACAGAGGACUCCGGAUAAUUCAGAAAGUUUGGUUAUGAAUUUAAGUGCUUCUGUUGGUAAUUGGUCAUCGAUUGACGUCAGCGAUGACGACAUAGAACUUUGGGCUAGAACAGUAGAUUUACCCGGUUUCGAUGAUAAUAUAUCACCAAAUAACGUAAUCACGUCAUUAUUAAGAGUCAUCGUGAAAGAGAUAAUAAUAGUAUUGAACAGAUCGAACGACUCGGGUGAUCGUCCCUACGUAAUGGGAAGAAUAGCAAAAUUUCAAUUGGAUUCUGCUUUUAUGAAUUACGGACCUGCAAUACAAAUAACACUCGGUGGAAUACAAUUGAUCGAUAAAAUACAUUUAGGACCUUCAGGAGAAUAUUUAGAAAUAAUAUCGACCAUUGGUGACGUUGAUUUUAUUUCGUUAUUGUACAGAAAAGUUCGAUCCGAUUGUCCCGAUUUUAGAACUCAUUUUCAUUGUGUCGAACAAUCAUUAAUUUUAGAUAUCGGGUAUUUAUCGGUAAAUCUUCACAGGGAAGCCAUAUUGACAUUUACUAAAUAUCUUCAAUAUUUAUAUAAAAAAAUAGCUCAUCGUGAAAUAUUUAAUUUAUUUAAAAAUUUCAAACGGUUUCGUACGUUUUUAGAAAAUUUCGACAAUUCUUACGAUCCACCGAUUCCUCCCGGCGCCAUUAAAUUUAGUUAUUCGACUCAUUUAACCGAAUUUCGUUUAAAAUUGUGCGAUACCGAUUUAGAAUUUUUAGAAUUUAAAUUGAAAGGAUUCGAAAGCGAUUGCAUGUUUAAAGCCAACGAAAGAAUGAUUCUUCGAGGGUAUUUAGCAUUUGUUUCGUUGGAUGAUCUUUCUGACAUAACACUUUAUCCGAAGAUAAUAUCCGUCGAAGAAGAUAGGGUUAUGGAAUUUAAAUACGUGAGACACAGUCCUCGAUUGUAUAACAAAGGAUUGGGCGGAGGAAAAGAUGAUGUUCAAGCCGACGGAAGUUUAAAAUUUAUUUUAGAAAGAAUCAAUUGCGUGGCCGUUUAUAAAACUUUUGUUGAUUUGCAGCAUUUCGUCGAACCGAUAAUACCGAUCGGAAUGAUUUGGUCUUUUACCGAAUUUUUUCGUAAAUGUUUUGCAAUUCAAAUGAAUCAAUUCAAAGGAUGGAACGCUCGUCUUCAUCUUUCUCUUAAUUUACAUCUCCCGAUACUUUUACUACCGCAAAAAUCAAUAUCGCCAAAUUUACUCGCAUUCAAUUUGGGAGAUUUAAACGUUGAAAAUUUUUUCAAAGAACUUUCCGGAUACAGUUCGAAAGAUGGAACGAUGAACGUGAUUGACAAUAUACUACUCAAGCUAGAUUCGAUUUCCCUACACAGAGCUUUGAUGUCUCUACCCGGAAAAUUAGAAGUGCAGGAAAAUAUUUUAGAACCGAUUCAAGCUAAAUUCGAUAUGAAACGUUUCGUCGGAGGUCCUAAAAUAAUAGAAUUUCCUCUGUUUGAAAUAUUUGGAACGUUAGAAUCCGUUAAAAUAUCAUUCGGGCAAAAAGAUUUGCUCACGUUUUUAUCAGUUUGGCAGGAUAAUAUAAGCGAUAAGAAAUUUUUGGAACCUUCCUGGUGGAUGAAAAGUGUUUCCCCGAUCGACGAAAGAACUCCCAUUGAAAACGAUGAUUUAUUUUUGAGAAAACUUCAAGUUUUUUUAAGUCACAGCGACGCAUGUAGAAAAGACGUACAAAUAAAAUUCGUUAUCGAUUCGAUAAUAAUCGAUUUGUAUAAUGACAUGGGUGAAGUUAUCAGUUCUCCUAUAAGAGAUUUAAAUCACGGACUUUGCAGACUUACUCUAACGGAAUCAUCAUUAUUUUUGGAAAAAUAUUAUGACGGUAGCAUGGAAGUAACGUUUACGUUACAAAGUUGUCUUUUGGAAGACAUACGAACGGAUGACGCAGUUUUAGAAAAAAAAGUGUUUCAGUCUUACCAAGGAGGAAAUAGAAAAUACGAUGAAACGAUAUCAAUUUCGACACCUCCGAUUGUCGAUGUCAUAUAUAAACAAACUCAAAAAGGUGACAGAAGAGUGGACGUACUCAUCGAAAAAACUCGUAUGAAUUUAACCGUUUCUUUCGCGGCAGCUUUUUCUAAAUUUGCCAUCGAUGCGAUACCGGUUAAACAAAGCGAAGGAGGAUUUAUAAAUCAUGGUUACGUUGGAGAUUUGGUACAACAGAAAAAUUUAUCAAACGAUUUGAAAAUAUUUCAACCGUUUCUCAGUACUGAUAGCACAAGUGGUUUUUACUCAUCAACUACUUCUUGUACCACGGAUGAUCAAAAUGGACUAUCUUUAUCUUUGCAAUUUCGGAAACCUGAAAUAAUAUUAUUAUCAACUGAUUCGUUCAAAAAUAUUUCUGCCAUAUUGUUUCGUUGCGAACUGUUAAUCGAUUGGAGUAAAAGAAGAGGUCGCGAUGAAUUGGUUGUUACACUUGCCGGUCUUCAAGCUUGGUCAAAAUGUUUUUCAGGACCGAUAAAAAUUAAACAAAAACCAACAACCCUUUUGAGUCAGUGUGAUAUUGAAAUAUCUCGCAUAGCCAAAAACAUGGACGAUGGUUUGAAAAUAGAAGUUAAAGUCAGUCCCAUCGAUUUACAAAUUGCUGUUUCUACUUUGGCUACAAUAGCACAAAUAAUUCAAGAAUUAAGAACGACAUCUUUUUUCGAUGUCGUACACGAAAGUGAAGAUUUGUGGUCGCCUAAAAAAAUUUCAUCUUAUUGUGAAGCUGAUAUAUGCGGUGAGAAGCCAUUUUUAUCACAGAAACCUUCAUUUCCCAUUGGAAGACCGGCUGAAAGUUUAUCCAUUAAUAUUGGCCGUAUAAAAUUAUUACUUUACGCAUCGCAGGGUGCAUACAAGAAGCCAUUGUUGUUAACGGAAACGUCUUUCAAAUUAAUCGCUUACGAUUGGUCAACGUCAAUAAAUUUAAAAGGGGAAAUCGAGGUUCAAGUGGCAUAUUUCAACGAAGAAAUCGACGUGUGGGAACCCUUUAUCGAACCCUGUUACGAAGGAUUUGAAAAAAAACCGUGGAAACUCGUUUUUCACACAUUUCAGGGAAAAUCAUUUCCCAUAUCUCCCCACGUUAAUUUUCAAACGGAAAUAAAUAAAAAUAAAGAAAGGAAAAUUUCCAAUCCGACGGAUGAUGUUUUAGAUAGCGAUACUUCCGGCGAAGAAUCCGAUCAAGAAAUGAUUUUUUUAAGAAGGCGUAAUUUCGAUAAUUAUCCAACGACAACAACCAAAAGGCAAAAUUGUAAAAAAAACCUUUGUCAAGUUAUGUCGUUUUCGUGCGGUGAUUCGUCAGAUUCGGAAAAUGAAAAUGGAGCUUUUGAAAAAUUACGUAACGCCGUUGAUCAUUUAUUUACUGGUACCAACAGCGAUAGAGACGGAAGCGAAUCUGCAGAAUCAAGCGCGACAGAAGAAGAAACGGAAGAGUUAGAAGUCGAAACCGAAGAAGAAACAAAUAGUAAUAGAAGUAACGGACAAGGAAGAGCCGUUUUUCUUAAAAAACAUUCUGAUUCUGUAGAUUCGGGUUUGGAAACGGAAGCUGUUGAAAGAUUGGCAAUUCACGUGAUUUUACAUUCUAAAAAUAAAUUAGAACUCACGCUCACUCCACAAUCUGUUAAAAUAUUUAAAGAAAUAUCAAAUGCAUUUUCCGAAACGCCAUUUUUUCCAUUGUUUUCAAUACCGAACGAAGGAGCAACUGUAAAAAAUCAUUUAGGCCCACGGAGUGUUGUGACGUUACUCGUAAAAUCGUCGAAUUCGAAUAAAGACAAACCUUUAAUUGUAUCAAAAUACGAUUCGGAAAAUUCUCCAUCAAGCUCUCCAGAAAGUUUAAGAUCUUAUCAAAGUCCGACAGCAUCUGAUAACGAAUCGGAUUUUGGAAGCGUUGAUAAAGUCAACGAAUUGGAAAAUUUAGAUUUUGUUUUUAAAUAUCCACAAAAAACGGUUACACAACUUUAUAAUAGAGUCACAGACUAUAAACUUUUAAUUCAAGUACCAGGUUUCAACGACUUAAACGUAGUGGCACCAUCAAUGAGUUGUAAUAAAUUACAUACUUUAUUACCGACAAGAAAUCAAACGAGGUAUCAUUUAUUACUGUCAACCGCGUGUCGUUUCAGAAUAAGAAAUUACGUUCUCAGCAGUCCCUUAAGGAUAUUAAAUUCCACAUCGUACGCGAUUGAAAUUUAUUAUAAUAAAAGCGUGAUAGAAGCAUUGGGUGAAAUCAUAAUUGGAGAAGCAACGAAUCCGUUUGGAGAUUUGAUAAGAUUGUCCGUGAUAGAACCCGAUGACACGUAUAACAUCCCACUGUUCGUAGCUUAUCAUAGCAAAUUAUAUAUAGCACCCGCACACGUCAGUGAUUACCACGUGAGCGAAAAUAGCAUAUCGUGGCAGGAAAUAAUGACGGAUGUUGGAACAUCUAAAAAUUUAUACUGUCAAUCAAAACAAGAAAAUGAUCCGAACGUGUUUUCCGUGAAGGCUUGUUGCGAUGAUAAUAUAAAUAUAACUAAUAAUCAAAGAUCGUUAUCCGAUUGUACGAUUCGUUUACUUCCCACGUUAUUAAUACUAAACAUUUUACCAUAUGCGAUCGAGAUAAAACUCUCGAGUAUCAAUUAUGAUUUUAGAAUAGAAGCUGGAGAUGAGACGAAUGUUUAUUCGUUGGAUUUAAGAAAACCACAAAAAAUUAUCAUGGAGAUUUCAGAAUAUUUAGGCUUACAUUGGACGGGUUCUUUUAAUUUAACCGGAGAUGUAGAAGAAAAAAUUGUCACCAUGAUAACGGAACAAGAUACGGAUGGCGGAAAUAAACAACUUUUGUUAAAUUUAUUAAUAACUCGUACGCCCAACGUAACAAUCACAGUAUAUUCAUCUUAUUGGUUGAUAAAUAAAACGGGACUUCCCCUUCAAAUAAGAGUAAAUAACUCAUUGGGUUCAUUGACGGAUAGCAUUUUGGAAUGGGUCGGUGAAGGGCCUUUACUAUUUAGUUUUCGUAAACAAAGAAGACAUUGCGUUAGAAUAAGAGCUUUUAGUUCUUCGUGGUCGUCUGCAUUUUCUCUGGAUGCAUCAGGUUGCAGCGGUUUGGUCAUUUGCAAGAAAAGACGUUAUAGAAUAUUAGUUAAAUCUAAUCUUUCUCAAAUAAAUCCAAAAUUAACGAAAAUUAUAACGUUUCUUCCAAAUUUUAUCGUUACCAAUUCUUGUAGAAAACAUCUUCGUUUUAUGGAAGAUAACGAAAAGGCGGAUUUAUGGGUAGAUAUAGCUCCUGGACAGUUUUUACCAUUUUGGCCGGAAACGGAUACAAUGAGAAUGUUUGUUAAAUUUAGAGAUAGUAAACACAUUUCUCAAAAUAUUCCAUUUAGUAUAACACACACGACUGUUUUGAGAAUGGAUAAGGGAGAAACGGAACCGGAAGUUUACGAAGUUGAGUUUAUAUUACAGUGUGGAAUCACGGUUAAAGUAACGGGAAACGUCGAUGAACCGUUUUACAUAAAUUUUCAAAAUUAUCAACCCGGCGACGCUCCCGUUCGAAUCGACAAUCAAUGCGAAGAUUUAUUUUUAAAAUUUCAUCAAAAGGAUUCGGGACAAGUUGUUUUGUUGAAUCCUUAUCAGUCACUCUUGUACACGUGGGAUGAUCCGUGCAAGGAAAGAACUCUUUUGUGGAACGUUUACAAUAAUAAGGGAAAAGAUUUUUGCGUUCCGUUUUGGAAAGAUGGUUUCGGAGAGGAAAAAGUCAGUUUUCACGUCGUUCGAAAAGGUCAAUCGUUACCGAAUGAUAAUAAUAAUAAACAUGCAUCUAAAUCAAUGGAACGUGAUAAUAGUAGUUCGAGUGAUGAUUCAGAAGGAGAAAUCGCACAAUCGGAGUUCGUUAGAAAAACUAGGAAAGAUAAAAUAAUUGUGUACUGGGCGAGUUAUUUAAACGAUCGUCAAAGAGUUUUAUUAUUAACUCAAGAUGAAAGAUUGGCAAAAAGGAUGAAGAGAAGUUUGGACGCUGAGAGAAGUCAUUUAGAACUUUUCGUAUCCUUUGACGGAUUGGGUAUAUCACUCAAAAAAAUUCCGAGAGAAUUAUGUCACGUGAGUUUAUCAGAUUCUGCAGCACAAUGGGAAAUAACGGUUGCACACAAAUGGAAAGUCGUGGCGUUAGAAUUAUCUUCUUGGUUGGAGGAUAAAUACAAACAGGGAUUAACAAAAGCUCAAAUAAAAGAUUAUAUACACAUCGAUUUUGAAAAAAUGCAAAUGACUAAACCAUUUUUCGGGGAAAUAAGAAGAAAACAUCGUCCGGCAAUAUGGAUACAAUAUCGGAGAUCUAAACACAUGUCUUUAUUUCAUUUUCAACUUCACAGAUUGCAAAUCGAUAAUCAAUUAUACGAUGCCGAAUUUCCAACCGUUUUAUUUCCGGUUCCUCCUCCCACAACAUCAUCAUCUAAAUAUUAUCCGAAACCGGCAUUCGAAAUGGGUUAUCUUAAAAAAUACAAUCGAGGUUGUAACGACGUUUAUAAAUUUGUUAAAUUCGUCGUGCAAGAGCAUAGAUUGCAGCUGGAAAAGUGUUGGAUAACGGAAAUGAUUGAUUUUUGGAGGCUGUGGAAAAAUAAAUUAAAUAAUUGUGAAAAUAUUCGUCAUGAUAUUUCUCUCGUUCAUUUACCCAUAUAUGUAAAAUCUAAUUCGGAUGAAUGCGAUGAAAAAAUGUUUGAAUAUCUUCAUUGCUCACCGAUUAAAUUACAAAUAACGUUUUCAUCAUCACAAACCGAACAAGAAUAUAAAGAAAAUAAUUGUCAUCCAUUAAUAGAUUAUUUAUUUUACGCCAUGACGUCAUCAUUCACACAAGAAAAACCGAUAACUUUAAAAUUGUUGUGUUUCGAAACAAUCGGACAACAUUGUAGUAAAGAAUUUGUAUGGAAUCAAGGUUUACAAUAUUUUAAAUCACAAUUAUGUCAACAAUUACACGUGUUGGUCAUGGGAAUAAACGUGUUAACAAAUCCUUAUUCACAAUAUUUGGAUUUUUCCGAUGAUAGUCAUCCACUUUUUUACGAACCUUAUUUGGAAAAUACGGGAGUACCGGAAGAAUUUUCCGAUAAUAUAAGUAACGGAGCAUUGGGACUUUUGGGACACGAAACGGAAGGAUCAAAAGAAACGGAAACAUUAUUUGCCAUGUACCUUGGAACGGCACUGCAAACGGUUAUACAUUCGAAUAAAGAAACGAAAAAAAAUAAUUUUUCAUUCGAAGAGAAUAGGGAUUUACCCGAUUUCAUAAUACGAUCCAAUUCAAAUUUUUUUUCCAUAUGUACUUUAGCAUUAUCGGGUGUUAUUAUGAAACACAAACAAGGUACGGGUCCUCUUCAAGGUGUCGAAAAUUUUUUCAAAGGACCCGGUAAAGGUUUGAUGGGAUUAAUGACAAAAUCACACGGUGAAAUAUUCAAUUGUUUGGAUUUGAUUGAUGACGGAAUGAAAAGGGCGAUGGAAAUGGGAGAAAACGUCUUGAGCAGAAUCAAAUUACCCCGAUACGUUAAUCCAGUUUUAGGUUUGAGACCUUUUCAAGGUCACGAAGCCAGAGGACUCAACCUUUUGAACCUUUUAUCUCGCGGUCUUUACAGCGAUGACAUCUACUGGGCUCACGCAUCUCUCACAACGGAAUCCAAAACCAUAUUACUUAUUACUUUGCAGCACAUAUUAUUAAUUGGAAAAUAUAAAUUAUGGGGACCCUAUGAAAUAAUAUGGGCGUUGAAAGUGGAUGACGUCAUGUCUGUACCUUCGAUACAAGACAAUAAAUUAAUAUUUAAUACCAGACAGGAGGAAAAUGUGACAAGAGCUUGGAACGAUGAGAAAAGCGCUUGCAGUCACGAUAAAGCUCUUCUUCAAUGGCUUAAAAAUCAAAUUGAAGCUGUUUUAAUUCUCAGUAUGGAACAUAAAUAA